AUGGCCGAUCACCUGCCUGAGGCUGAGGCUUCACAUCCAAGCGAAAAGCCACGGAACUCCGCUGAAAUAGAGAGACCUGCCUCUUCAGGCUCUAUCGGAUCGUCGACUGGCUCGACCAGCUCCUUUGAAUAUGACCCGCAGAUACAUAGGCUGCAAUCGCGGAACACAGAGCUAGACUUGGAACGUCAUCGGACUGGGGCAUCGCGCGCAUUGAGCAGGACCGAGACGCAACGCGCCCAACAUGCGCUUACCGUGGGAGAGAGUCUUCGAUCGCGACCGUCGCUAACUCCAUUGCCAGCUUUUGGUGGGGGCAAGCCUUACCCUCCACCUCUCCCUGCACGGGAGGAUUACGUUGUGGAGUUCGAUGGACCAGAUGACCCAUUAUACCCGCUGAACUGGCCUGUGAAAAAGAAAUGCUACAUCAGUGCCAUCCUCGCCUUCACCAGUAUUUGCUCCACCUUCGAUUCCGCCGUUUUCAGUGCUUCAUCCAGCAAUGUGUCUAGUCAUUUCAGCGUCGGCCUCGAAGUCGCCAUCCUCUCCAGCUCUCUAUACAUCGUCGGCUACGCCUCGGGCCCCUUGAUAUGGGCUCCCCUAUCCGAACUCCAGGGCCGUCGUAUUCCCAUUGUCAUCGCCAUGUUCGGAUUUGGCGUCUUCAACAUCGCCGUCGCAGUCGCAAAAGACUUACAAACACUCUUGAUUUGCCGAUUCUUCUGCGGUAUCUUCGGCAGUUGUCCCUUGGCAGUUGUAGCUGCUGUGUUCUCUGAUAUCUGGGACAACCGCACUCGUGGUACUGCUAUUGCCCUAUUCGCCUCGACGGUGUUCCUGGGUCCUCUCCUGGCACCUUUCAUCGGAGGCUUCAUUAAUAUGUCCUACCUCGGCUGGCGCUGGACCGCCUACAUCCCCGCGUUUAUGGGCUUCGCCGCUUUUCUCCUGAAUCUUUUCUUCCUGAAGGAGUCAUAUCCCCCUGUUGUCCUUGUGGAAAAGGCCGCGGAGCUGCGUCGCCGGACUAAGAACUGGGGAAUCCAUGCGAAGCAAGAGGAAAUCGAGGUCGAUCUUCGAGAGCUGAUCAUAAACAACUUCUCUCGCCCGCUUCGCCUGCUGAUUAACGAGCCGUUGAUUCUAGCUGUCACUAUCUACCUAAGUUUCAUCUACGGGUUGCUCUAUUGCUUCUUGACCGCCUACACCCUGGUCUUCCAGGGUGUUUACGGUAUGAACGCCGGUGUUGGAGGUCUCCCACUCUUCGGCAUGGUGGUGGGUCUGUUCAUCGCCACGUCUUACAUCCUCCUCUCUAGCAAGGCUUACAAUAAGAAACUCGACAUGAACGGUGGUGUCCCCAUCCCCGAGUGGCGUCUCCCGCCCGUGAUGGUCGGCGGUGGUCUCUUCGCUGCUGGGCUCUUCUGGUUUGGGUGGACCGGCUUCAGUGGUACCGUCCACUGGAUCGUGCCCACCUUGAGUGGCCUAUUUACCGGAUUUGGCCUUCUGGUCAUCUUCAUUCAAUUGUUCAAUUAUCUGAUUGACACAUAUCUUAUGUUUGCCGCAUCAGCCAUCGCAGCAAACACAUUCUGCCGCUCAAUGGUGGCAGCAAGCUUCCCACUUUUCUCACGCCAAAUGUUCAAUGGCAUGGGUAUCCAGUGGGCUUCUACGCUUCUCGGAUGCGUCGCAGCCGUCCUUGUUCCGAUUCCCAUUGGAUUCUACUUCUUCGGUAAGAGACUGAGGAUGAAGAGCAAGUUCGCGCCAUUUUAUGAAGCUGUCCAGGAAGGACACGCAGCUGAGGAUGCCGAAGUGCAGGCGGAGGAGGCUGUGCACCGGCAAUAA